GUGACCAUGUUUGACAAGACUCGGCUCCCGUACGUGGCCCUCGAUGUGCUCUGCGUGUUGCUGGGGAAUUUGUGGACCUCUGUUUUGGAUGGAUCAGUAAAGAGGAUUGAAUUGGGGCCCAACUUCUUUUCUCAUGGGGAAAAGAGUGAGGGGUGCUGCUGAGAGAGGUGCUUCCACAGUAGCCAGGUCUGAAGCUUUGCUUGGAGCUUCCAUGCCUAUGGCUGUUCUAAAUUUGGGCCAAAUAUAUCCAUUUCAGAGAGGCUUUUUCUGUAAAGACAACAGCAUCCAGUAUCCGUACCAUGAUGGUACCAUCACAACCACUGUCCUCAGCACAGUGGGGCUUGGUUUACCCAUUUCCUCUAUGAUUAUUGGAGAAACCCUGUCUGUUUACUUUAACCUCUUGCACUCGAAUUCCUUUAUCAGGAAUAACUACAUAGCCACUAUUUACAAAGCCAUUGGAACAUUUUUAUUUGGUGCAGCUGCUAGUCAGUCCUUGACUGACAUUGCCAAGUAUUCGAUAGGCAGACUGCGGCCUCACUUCUUGGAUGUUUGUGACCCAGAUUGGUCAAAAAUCAACUGCAGUGAUGGUUACAUUGAAAACUACAUAUGUCGAGGGAAUGCACAAAAAGUGAAGGAGGGCAGAUUGUCCUUUUACUCAGGCCACUCCUCAUUCUCCAUGUACUGCAUGCUGUUCGUGGCACUUUAUCUUCAAGCCAGGAUGAAGGGAGACUGGGCAAGACUCUUACGCCCCACACUGCAAUUUGCUCUUGUUGCUGUAUCCAUUUACGUGGGCCUUUCUCGAGUUUCUGAUUAUAAACACCACUGGAGUGAUGUGUUGACUGGACUCAUUCAAGGAGCUCUGGUUGCAGUAUUAGUUGCUGUGUAUGUAUCAGAUUUCUUCAAGGCGAGAAAUUCUCCUUUUAAAGAAAGAAAAGAGGAAGACUCGCAUACAACUCUGCACGAAACACCGACGACGGGGAAUCACUAUCGGAACAAUCACCAACCUUGAAGGUGGCUGAGUGUCCAGAUGAAGCUGGCCUGCUUUCUAAAGGAAAAUGGUUGCAACCAGAAGGCAAGAGGAUGCGUCUUUCUUCCCGGUGUACAAACCUUUAAGGGACUGCUGCUGCUACACCUCUUGGAUG